UCACCGUUUCUGCGUUUGGACGUGUUUGGUCGCGACUGCUCCGUGCUCCGGGCACCGAAUUGUUGUACGUGUUUUGCGCGUUUCUCGAGUUAUUUUUGCCGGCGAAGAAGUUUCCCAGCGAGCACUUCCAGCACGACACGACAAGCAAAACUCUCAAAAUAAAAUACGAUAAGGCGAGACAGAACUGUGCGUGAAACAUUGUGCAGCGUGGCGAGUGCUUCUUCUGCCCAAAACACCAAGAGAAUAUGUAAAUAAAACGUUGUAAACGAAAAACUCGGUUUCACAGUGCGGCAUUCAUAUGCAAAUCGGAAUCGGUGCCGCAAAACUAAGCAGCACAUAAUUUGCGAAUUAAAUCAAAACACACGUCGCUCCGUCUCGCUCUUUUGAGCCGGCAUCCUGGCAGCGGCAGCGGCAACGGCAACAACAACAAUUGCAGGACAUUAAGAGGACGCCCGGCUGAACGUUACGCGACGCGAACCGUUAACCGUUACGCUUCCGCUUACGGCUUACGUUGGGCGCGGUGGGUGCGUGUGUGAGUGGCGGGAUUUAACAAUUGGCAACGGGGCGUAUGAGCAACGCGUUGCCGUACGAUGCCCACGUAAUGUGUGCCGAAAUUUAAAUGCGACUGUGACUGUGUGUGUGUGUGUGUGUGUGUGGAUAACCAUAACCAUAACCAUAAACGUAAACAAAAGGAUUAGACGUUACGUAGCGGGAUUACGCCAGCAGUAGCAGAAGCGACAGACUUUUCCGAUAGCCUCAGGUUGCAUCCGCCAGAUCAGGCCAACCGCGGCUUACAGCUUUGUCCAUCCGCGGCUUUGUUCGUGUGACAAGCGAAACUAAUGAGCAGCAAAUCGGAAACAGGAAGCAGCGACGAAAGUAAAAUUGCUUAAGUAAAUAAUCGUAACUGUGAUAACACCAAAGAAAGCACAGAACAGCAGAGCAGAGCAGAGCAGAUCACAAGGUCCGAAGCAGUUGCGUAAUUACGAGCCAUCGUCCAGUGAUUUUGCGCGCAAUAAAUGUCAACGUGGCAACAAGAAAAGUAAUCACAACUAUUUGCUAAGCCCAAGCACCCAGCAAACCAGCGCACAAAAUGGCUCACCCAAGGAAGGCAGUCACGACGCCAGCAACACUCGCUGCCCCACCAGCAACACUCGCAACACUAGCAACACUAGCAACACCCAGCACGGCAGCAACACUGAGGCGGAGCACAACGCAUUCAAGUUCAAGGCGGUCAUCGUUAAUCACAUGUUUUAUAUCCUGCCACACGUUCAGCUUGUUCUGGCUGCUCCUCCUUGUUUUGGCCAGCGGAGCCCGUGCUGCCGGCAAGCUGGCCACUCGCAGCAACAAGACCUCGGGCUCGUCGGCAACGUCGGCGGCGUCGGGGGCCGGAACAGCAGCAACAUCGGCUGCGGCGGCGGCUGCGUCCGGAACACCCAUUUGGGAUCAUGCCAUCGAUUUGAAUGAGGAUUUUCGCAUACUAUGGCAAAUCAUUAAUCAGGAUAUAACAUUUGAAAUACAGGCACGUACCCUGGGCUACGUCGGCUUCGGAUUCUCGCCCGAUGGCAAUCUGGCUGGUGCCGAUAUGGCCAUCGGCUGGGUGGACAAGGGUCAAACCUAUUUUCAGGAUCGACACGUCACACGGAAUGGAGACCCCGAGCCCGUGGUGGAUCCCUCGCAGGAUUAUAUGCUGAUGCUGGGCUACGAGAACGCCACGCACACGGUCCUCCGCUUCCGACGCAAGCUGGACACAUGCGAUCCCAGUCACGACAUCGCCAUAACGAACGACACGAUGCGCCUGCUGUACAUGUACCACGCCCACGACCCGCCGCACGGCUCUGUGCGUCCGGGCACCCUUCCGGAUCCGGGCCGCGCCUUCCGCCCCUACCGCCCCAUGGUCCUGAUGCAGCGCGCCCAGCUGCCGAUGCCCUCGCCCACGCACGACGAGCGCGUGCGAGUCCUCGAGCUGCGCAACGAGGAUGUGGAGCUGCCCGCCGGCGACCUGCCGCUCUUCUGGUGCAAGAUGUUCAAGCUGGAGGACAUCAAUCGCAAGCACCACCUGAUCCGGUACGAGCCGAUUUAUGAUUCAUCGUCCAGCGUUCACUACCUGCAGCACAUCACGCUGCACGAGUGCCAGGGAGCCCACGCCGAGCUGGAGGAGAUGGCACGCGAGCAGGGUCGCCAGUGCCUGGGCGCCCGAUCCAUUCCGCUGGCGUGCAACGCCAUCGUGGCCUCCUGGUCGCGCGGCAGCGAGGGCUUUACGUAUCCACAUGAGGCCGGCUACCCGAUCGAGUCGCGACAGGCGAAAUAUUAUUUAAUGGAGACCCAUUACAACAAUUUGAAGCCCGACUUUGCCCAAUUGCAUGCCAGACAAAUGGCGGAUAAUUCGGGUUUGAAAAUCUACUUUACGCACGUCCUGCGACCCAACGAUGCCGGCAUACUGUCAAUCGGUAUGGACCCCAACUGGCGACACAUCAUACCGCCGGGCCAGAAGCGGGUCGUUUCCGAGGGCCAGUGCAUCGAGGACUGCACCGGCUACGCCUUCCCCCAGCAGGGCAUCAACAUAUUCGCCGUGAUGAUGCGCACCCACCAGAUCGGCAAGGAGGUUAAGCUGCGCCAGAUUCGACAAACCGAGGAGCUGCCGCCAAUUGCACACGACAGCAAUAUAGAUGUUGCCUAUCAGGACUUUCGACGUUUGCCACAAUCGGUGCAUUCCAUGCCCGGGGAUAGACUCAUCGCCGAAUGCAUUUAUGACAGUUCGUCACGAAAGGCAAUUACCCUGGGUGGACUUACCAUGAAGGAAGAAAGCUGCACGGUGCUGACACUCUACUAUCCACGCCAGAAGAAGCUGACAACGUGUCACUCACUGCCGAGUCUGCCCACAGUGUUGCACUCGCUUGGCAUCGAGCAACUGGCAACCGACUCGAACCCCGUGCUUAUAUCAUCGCCACCCGAAUUGGCCGGAAUGACACUGGAGGCACGUCUGAUAUCCUACGACUGGGAAAAUCAAUUUGGCGAGUUCCAGGAGGCCACACGCAAGGGCAGCUUCAAGCCCAUCUGCUGGGGGGCCAAGAAUCAUGUGGUGCCGGGCUCCGAGUUCCUCGAGGGCUACAGCAUAAAUGUGACCAAGACCUACAAGAAGCACCGGCGGUGCAAGCCCAAGCGGCCCCUGGCCCCGCCCACCGAGCGGACCGCUCAGCCGCCCGCCUCCGACCUCAGCGAGCUGCCGGUGCUGCACGAGCUGGACAACAACAACAUCAUCGAGGGAGCGGCGCGGAGCAGUCGCAGCUCGGCGACCGACGUGCACGGUCUGAGCCGCGGGAGCGGGCGCCAGUUUGUCAGCUGCCUGCUCUGGCUGGGGGCCUCGUCCUGGUGGCUCCUGCUCAUGCUCAGGACGUGAGGGAAUUGAAGGGGCCCGGCGAUAGCGGGAAUCACAGGCACCACCGUCUCAACACACUUAACUAACCAUACAGCUGCAGAACAGAUGGGAAAUCAGUGAAAAACAAAAACAAAAUGGAAAUAGUGUACUGAAAUAGCGAACGCAACUCAACUAGAGCUACAGCUCUCUAACUGCAAAUGACAUCCUUAAUCCUACUACAGAUACAAAUAGCAGCAGAAUUUUCAUUCUGCGCAGAGGAGGACAACAUGAAAUAUUCAUAAUAAGCUAGCAUAUAACAGCUUUUCCCGAUCACCCCUCCCCGUACACCUGCUGGUCCCUGACGCCCGCUUAUUUAUGCUCCUCCCUCCACAGUUUUGUUGAUUUUGUUCUAGAGUUUUAGUAAAUUAUUAAUGAUUUUUUUAAGUAGUCUAAGCUGGAAAAAAUACAAACAAAAGUAAAAAUACAAAAAAACAAAAAAAAAAAAAAUCAAGCAAAAACAAGCAAAACAAUGUCGAGAAAAAACCGAAAAGCAAUAAUUAGUUGUUGUUGUCGUUAUUAAAUAUACAAAAUGCGAAAUUGUAAAAGAUACAGAUAUUAUAGAUAUUAUAGAUAUACACCAUGACUACAUAUAUAUGGAGCAGUCAUUCCUUCUACCAUAACGGAUAUAAACCAUACACCUAUAUUUAGAUAUCUAUGUAUACAUAUAGGGUCUGACUUAUGUAAAGCUUGAGCGUCUGAUGGGUUUUGUUGGGCAUUGCAAGAAACAAUCGUAGAAGGGAAAUGGCAUCAAGUGGCAAGUAGCAAGUAGCAAGUAGAGGAACGCGCAUCAGGCCCUUCAUCCCUCCCCAGUUAAGUUUAGUCCGAGCUCUAGGUGGAACUAAGUUCGAGCGAAAAAAUCAUAAAUACAUCACACAAACACAACACAAGCAUGCAUAAACUUAUACGUCCAUUUAAGAAGCGAAUCGAGAGAGAGAUGCGAAAGAAAAUGAUUUAGUUUAACGUAAUUUUUAGAAAAGACUAACUCUGUGUUGCAAAAGACUACGAAAGGAAAUUCAUUAAUGACAAAAGCGAUAACUAAGACUCGAUUUCCAUAGAGAUUCUGUACUAAUAUUAUGAGAAUCAUGUCCUCACACCAUUUUAUAAAUAUUUUAGGCUGAUUUAAAAGCAGGUUGCAGCUAGGAUAAGCAAAGUGAAAGCUCUUAAUCCAAUCCAACUGCAGUUUGCACAUGCAAUUUUCUCAUUUUUAUUUUAUUCUGACAACACUACACUCGCGCUUUAAUCCUAAGUUUCAUUCAGUUACCUAAUGCAAAUCUACCUGCUCUUUCAGAUACAAAACGAAAUUAAGGAAAAGAAGCAUAAAUAUUCAAUACACUCAAAGUGUUGCCUCCACUCUUUCUUACUCGCUGUCGUUCUACUAAUAUUUCUACGUUUAACACGAUAGGCUAUAACUCUCCUAGACCUAAGUUGUAAAUAUACUCUAGCGGACGGAGAACGGGAAACUAAAUGCGGAAUUGCAAGGCAGGAAGGCCGGAAGGUCGAAAGGUCGAAAGGUCGGAAAGGCGGAGUUUAAGCAUUAUACAGGGUGUGUGAUUAGGUAUGGCUCUCGAUCAGCUCUAGCAGCUCUAGGCGUAGGAUUGGAUGUCUCACUAUGUCUCUACAUAUAUAGUUGGACACAGAUAGACAGUUAGAGGACAUUUAGCAAUGUACGACGGCGCCGCCAAGAUCUGCUCGAAGUAGUAAAAAUAUACCAUAUACAUACGACAUAAACAAAAAGUAAAUUUAUAUAUACACAUACGAUAACUAUACUAUAAAGUCUAUAUAUACAAUACCAUACAUCUAUAAGUAGUUACGUGGUUCGUAGUUGUAAAUGUGAAUGUGAGUAUUUUAUACAAAACUAAAGAAACGAAAUAAAAAAGAAAUAAAGCAAAGCAUGAAGCGAUAACAAGAAAAACCAUUUUUAUACCAAAAGAACGAGAGCGAAAGAUGAUAAGCCCCAUUAAAGCGAUCGAGAGUAGUCGCAUGCUAUAUAUACAAAUCAUAUAUAUAUUUUAGGAUAACUGCUGUAACUAAGAUUAGAGACAAGUUGGCGUAAGCAGAAAGCAAAUGCAAAUGCAAAGUUGAAACAAUCAAAAUAACAUUUAAACAAAAAGCAACAUAAAAAAGAAAACACUUUUUUGCGCUAAACUAUUAAAAGUUUGCCUCACACACACACACACACACACACUCGGGCACUCACACUGACAAAACUUUGGCCUGUUGGCGGAAAAAAAGUGAAACUUUGUGGCAGCCAGAGGCGCGGCCUUUAUAUAUGGGCCAUGCUGUUUUUGAGGUUUUCCCACUUGUCGGCCAACUUUUUAAUGGACCCCUCCCUUCCUCUCCUGGAAUCCCAUCCCAUCCCUUCCAGUUGAAUGCCAGCGCCUUCAGCCGUGUUGGCGGCCCCAACUAGGUCUAAUUAGGAGCGAUGAGCAACCGACAUCGUCCUCAUAGUUUGGCUUUCGAUUCGCCCGCUUUGUCCUUUGUCAUAGCAACCUGGCCACAUUUUUCCUUUGCCUAUUUUUUACCUUUGUUUGGCACAUUAAUUAAACUUCUUGCCCGGGAAAAGCCAGAGAGGGGAACUGGGCAAAAACAAGGCGCACAAUUACAAAGGCCAGCGGAAGGAAACUAAAACGAAAACAUUCCUUCCUUGGCUCGCCAAUUGGAAAUUAGUUUCGCCAACUGGCGGGUAGACACAAGACAAACUAAGUCACACACAAAAACAGAGGGAAAUGUAUUCAUAUAAUUUAAUUAAAUGCAAACAACAAAAACGGUUUUGGAAAAUGUACUUGCGAUAGAACGAUAAAAAAGUCGGAAAAUAGUUUCAAAAACUACAUAUACAAAGCGUAAUAAAAAGGAACUAAACGAAAGCGAAAACUAAACUAAAAUAAUCUAAUUAAAGCUAAAAAACAAAAAUACACAAUUAUACUGGAAAAGCACAUUGGGGCAAAGGUGUCUUGGGGAUAUAGAUCUGAUAAAGAGCUGCAACGACUUGACCCAAAGUCUGCGCAGAUUAAGCCAAUGAAUCGGGCUUCUUGGCCAAACUUUUGCUGGCACGACAACAAUCCUAUUUGAAAUGCAGAGCAGAGCUUUAAAGUGAGUCUGUGCUCCCCGGCUUUGGCCAUUUUCAGCCACUGGUGGCUCAAUCUUCUAUCCGUCUAUGAGCAUGUAACAGUUUCCCGCUCCGCAUUGCCCGACUCUGACUUUGGUCCUUUGUUGGUGCAGAAAAAGCAGAUGCAGAGGACUCCAUUCAGGAAACUAAUAAGUUUUUUAAAACUGACCCAAUUAGCUCGUUUAACUUGUUUCCCCAUUUUGUAGAUGCCUCAAAGACACCUUUUGUUCGUCCACUCAAAAGCAUCUCGAGAACCAGGCAAUGAACCUCCACUGGAAUCCAGAUUGGAGGCUGUCAAAGUGGCAAAGUAGCACACACAGAACACACACCGGCACACUCAGAGAACACUGUAGCACGUUAGUAGUACCAAGAUAUGUGUAUAUGUUCUUAGGCCCUCUAUUGAAAGUAUUUAUUUUGCGAACGAGGAAAGGCGAGGAAGUGAAUGAACGAGGAAAUGGAGAGAGACAAGAAACCAAAACAAAACACAACCUACCUAAAGCGAUAAAACAAACCUAACUAUUUUUAGUAUGUACCUUGAUUUUUUCAAAGCGAAAGAAACCCUGAGCGGACGUUGAGAGAAGCUGCGAGAUGCCCCGAGGAAAACUAAUAUUAAUAGAUAUAUAUAUGAGUAAUAUAGCAAACGUAAAAGUAAAAGCAAUAAUGAACAAACGCAUAGCUAUCAAUAGGAGGAUCGAGGGAGUAGGCUAAACAAAUACUCUAACUAUAGGCAAAAUAUAACACUAAGACAUAGUUGAGGAUCGAUGAGUGAAACGUGUAGCAUACUUUUUUGGGCAGCCUAUUGGCGGAAACGGAAAUGAACCGAGCAAAGAGAGAUCGGAAUUGGAAACGGGAACGAAACGAAACGAAAACGGAAAUGGGAACAGGAACAGGGGCAAGCAGUGCGCAAGUUAAUGAAAGAUAGAGAAGGCAGAAAUCGAAUUGCAUAUGAUUAAAACAUAAAACAAAAACUAUUUUAAAGUAGAGCAGUUUGCAAAAAGUAUUUAAAUGUGUCGUUAGAAAACCCCCAAAAAUUGUAGUUGCAUUGUCGUUAGCCAUAGUAGCAAAGUUACAUAUUGAAAAGAAGACGAGGACACAGGAGCAAAAAGUAAAUGGAGGAAGAAGCAUACAUACCAUACAUCAAUCAAAGAGAACUAACAUAGCCGGCAUCUUAGUAACAUCAUCAGUAUUUGUGUAUAAGCCCUGCAUGAAACGGAAUACAUACAACAGGCCCACAUAGAUACUUAUACAUAUGCAUACAAACAUAUAAAUAUCGUAAAAUACGGAUAAAUAUAGCUGAAACCAACCAUUCACAACCCCAAACAGGCCCCAAAAAAAUCUUAGAAAUCAUUCCCCAGAAAAGAAACUUAAAAUAAAGCCCGAUAUAAGGAUAACACCAUUUGAUCAUAAGCUACAGACAACUGAAUCGAGCUCUUGGAGAAUGGAGGCAACUGUACUUGAGUAAAGGACAGCAGAAACCACAGUUAAAACCUCCAUAAUGCCAGUAAAUCCCUUAACGGGCUUACCUUAAGCGCUCUUCAGUCGCCGCCACCUGGCCCAAGCACAUUUUUAGUUCGACCUAACCUCAAACUGAGCUCAACCUAACCUCAAUCUGUCUAAGGAUGAAAUGCAAGCGGUUGCCUCUACUCUCACAGCCAAAUCAACAGUCAUAGCAACACUCUGGACACAGUUACACACCUUUACACACAUUUUUGAUACCAAACUAAUUGAUAAUGAGAAGCAGGAUGAGGAGAACAACAGGACAGGCAGACGAACAUCAUUUAUCUAUUGUGAACUACAUCGUUUGAUUGUGAGCUAAGUUCCGACUACUACAACCACUACUCUCUAUGAAUGUUUUUAAGUUAUUCACUAAAAUAAUUUUGUAAUAUACUAAAACCGCAAGCUAAGCAACUUUUACUAUAACAACAAAUGAUAAAAACCGAAAAAAAUAAAAAGGAAAACAAACAAUAAAAUAAAAUAUAUAUUAAAUAUAUAUAUAUAGAAA